AUGGCACUAGUUCCAAGUCAUUGCCCAUCGUGCGGAAAGCAAUUCAAGGACCAUACCUCCGUCGCUCGUCAUAUGAGCCAACCUCGUUCUGGGUGUAAUAGCUGGCUAGACGACUUAAUCCAACUCAACUCCAUCUUGCCACCUAGUACGGAACAUGAUCCCAUGGUGGUGGACGACAUCAAUGACCCUCAAGUAGAUGCGAGUUCCUAUGAUUUUUGGAGUCAAGGAGAGGAUUUGGACUCUGAAGGUGGAACUUGGGACGAGGACAGUGAGGUCAAAGCAACCGACUACUUUCCGGAGCCCCCGCUGGCUUUCGAAGAGGGUUACACAUUUUUAAGCUUAUUCGAUGCUGACGAAAACAGUAUAUAUCGCAAAACAAAUCUCUACUAUCCAUUCAGUGGUAGGAGGGAAUGGCGACUUGCCGCGUGGCUUCUGCGUUCGGGCUUAAGCAUGGAGAAAAUAAAUUCCUUUCUAGCGCUAGAGAUGAUCGAUGACCUACCUUUAUCCUUCCAUUCAGCAAAAGAGCUACAUGGUCGAGCUGAAUCGCUGCCUAGCGGUCCGCGUUGGAAGUCCCAGGUCAUUCAAACGUUGCAUCCCACAAAGUCUCCGGCUGUUCUUUACUGGCGGGAUCCUCUUGAAUGUAUCGCUACGAUAUUCAACCAUCCUUUAUUUUGCAAUUGUCUCGACUACACGUCUCGCAAGGAGUAUAGCACAACGCAGAGGCACUCUCGGAUAUAUACCGAAUGGAUGACGGGUGAUCAUGCCUGGGAGAUGCAGCGCUUCCCCGUGGUGCAACUCUCCUCGGAACUAUUCUAUCGUCGGACAAGACAUGCAUUACUGCAUUGUCAGGCGAUCGUGUCGCUGCACCCUCUCCUCAUCAGCCUCGCCAACAUCUACAUGACCACGCGGCUCAAAUCAUCCUCCAACGCUUUCCUUCUCACUGCCCUACUACCGGUCACAAAAUUUGUUCACAAAAACAAACGAAUGAGAGGCGUGUUGCAGGAUCGGCUCGUUCACAAUUGCUUGAACAUCGUACUCGAACCGUUGAAGCUCGCUGCUCGAAAUGGCGUGAUGAUGUCAGAUCCUAUGGGUCGCAGUCGUUACUGCUUUACUAUGCUCGCUAGCUAUAUUGCUGACACCCCUGAGGCAAUGAUGCUGGCAUGCGUUGGUGGAAAGACAUCUCCAGUGACGAUAGCAAUGUACAAACAAUUCGGGGAUCCCUUCCAGCAUGAACCCCGGACUCGAGCAAAAACUCUUGAGCAAUUGAAAAUCGUGCGCUCACGUGCUUGUCCAGAUGAUCUCGAAGCAUUUUUCCGUGAGGCGCAGAAGUUACAGGCCAUUGUCACCGAGACGUCCAGCAGUCAAUUAUCGCAGGUCAGCGCGGAUGCAGCACCUCCCGGUGUUGUUGUUGCUGUACGCGCACUCAUGCACUUUCGAUAUCUUGUGCAGUCGCCGUCUAUUGAUGAUAGGGAUCUUACUCGUAUCACAGCCGCACUGGACGAGUUCCAUGCGAACAAGCACGCGAUCAUUGCUGCUGGUGUCCGCCAGGGCAAAGGUGGUAAAGUUAUCGACAACUGGCAUAUUCCAAAACUCGAACUUAUGCAGAGUAUCGUCCCCAGUAUCCGCAACUCCGGCGUCAUUGCACAGUGGUCUGCAGAUGUCACUGAACAUGCGCACAUCACCGAGGUCAAAGACCCUGCAAGGUCCAGCAACAACAACAAUUAUGACCCACAAAUCUGUCGUUACCUUGAUCGCGCUGAUAAAUGCAAUCGAUUUGACCUCGCCACAAGCCUGUUAGAUCACUCGGAGGACACGGGAGUUGUUGGGGAGGAAUUUGUCGAGGAGGAUGACGAAAUCGAUUAUUACACGGAUGUCAUUCCCACAGAGCUACCAUCCCCAACUCGAAGACCUGGACAGCCUCGUCCUAUCACGGAUUACUUUUCAAUUGCCAAAAUACUCCAACAGAAGGAAGUUGGAUCGGUACCUGUCCCACUUCGUUCUUUUGUCGUCAGACGCACUGCUCUUCAUCUCGCUUAUGAUCCAUCCAUCAAGAACACCACUGUCGAUGAAGUUGCGAUCAUGUUCGGCCUUCCUGACUUGCGACCUGCUAUUGCUGAUUUUCUUUACCGUGAAGCGACCUACGGUAGUCACAUUCACUCGAUAGGUGGUCCUAGAAGGGCUGCGCAUGACGCCGAGCUCCCGUUUGACAAAGUUCAAGUGUGA